AUGGCGUUAGACAGAUUAAACAAACAGGAAGUGACGGAUAAAUCGGCUCUGUCCUCAAAUGAAUGCAGCCCAGAGCUCGCAGGUCGCAGCGUAUCUUUGAAGGCACAACUGCUCCCCUGUCAGUAUGACAUGGUUGGUCCAGAAGGAAUCGUUGAGUCCCAUCAGAUCACCAGAGACGGGAAGGCUGGCGCCACCGAGGCCGUCGACUGUAAAUGGUACAUCCGAGCUCCGCCGCGCUCCAAGAUCUACCUGCGUUUUCUCGACUAUGAGAUGGCCAAUUCCAAUGAAUGCAAGCGCAACUUUGUGGCCGUGUAUGAUGGUGGCAGUUCGGUGGAAGAUCUGAAAAACAAGUUCUGCUCCACCGUGGCCAAUGACAUCAUGCUGGUUUCCACGCUGGGCGUCAUCCGCAUGUGGGCGGACGAGGCCAGCCGCAAAAGCCGCUUCCGCAUCCUAUUCACCACCUACCAAGAGCCUCCAUGUGAUGCAGAUGCCUUCUUCUGUCACAGUAACAUGUGCAUCAACAACACGCUGGUGUGUAACGGCAUGCAGAACUGUGUCUACCCCUGGGACGAGAACCAGUGUAAAGAGAAGAGGAAAGCCAACAUCUUGGACAACCUGAACAACACAAACGGGACCAUAAUCGGUGUCACCUGUUGCAUCGUCCUCAUCCUCCUCAUCGUCUCCGUCAUCGUCCAGAUCAAGCAGCCACGUAAGAAGUACAUCCUGCGGCGUGAGGACUUUGACCCCACCAUGUUCCAGGAGGUCUUUGAGCCGCCUCACUAUGAGCUGUGUACUUUACGGAGCGCCACCACAGCCGCGGCAGCCUCAGCAGACUUAGUCGACCUGGCCGAAGACUUUGAGAACUACCACGCCCUUCGCCGUGCCUCCUCACGCUGCGUCCACGAUCACCACUGUGGCUCCUCCUCCAACCCCGGCUCCGCCCACAUAUCCCAGCUGUCACUCAGUGGACGAGGAAGCCGCGGGAACUUGAGCGCUCGAGACGCAGCGGCCGCCACUCUGCUCACAGACCUUCCACAGCCGCCCAUGGCCGUGCGGCCCUUGCUGCCGUCCACUGGAAACCGCAGGAGCAUCUUGGUCAUGAAGCACAGCUACUCGCAAGAGGCGGCGGACAAUGGAUGCGACAUGGACGACGACCUGGAAGAAGUUCCCACCACCAGCCACCGGCUUUCACGCCACGAAAAGGCAGUACAGCGGUUCUGCCUCAUUGGCUCUUUGAGCAAACAUGAGUCAGAGUACAACACAACUAGGGUCUAAGAGACAAUCUCAAGAUACAUCAGACAGAUGCAUCAUUCCUCUGCAUCUUGCCAACUUUGACAGCAUUGGGGGCUAAGGUUUCUUCCCCUUGCAUCUUGAGUGAACUGUUGCCCAGAGCAACUGUACCAAUGUAGAGUGUUGUGAUGAGAAAAAUGUAAAAAAAAAAAAAAUGGUUUGUGGUGUACGCAAGUUUUUCUUCUUUGCUUUGGGGCCGCAGAG